UGUGCCACGAAUAUUUUUUGAAACCGAUCGCCUAGGCUCGAGGCAAUCAUUGCAUCAUGCAAAUUACAGAUCUCCCUGACGAUGUCCUUCUUAAGAUAUUCUCCUACUUCGUUAACCGAUCACGAUUCAGGAGCGACCCAACCUAAUCAUGAUGAGUCAAGGAAUCAGAACCAAGACUUAGAUUCGCAGCCCUCAGGCCUCAAAAGCAACAGUACGGUUUUUGUACCACCAGGAGAGACCAGCCCAGCCCCUGUUCCUAUCACCAACAACUCCACCAAAUUUCGAAAGAAGAAAAAAAAGAAUGGGUCUGCCAGGGUAGCAGGACCGGGUGCGCGGACUCUCUGCCGACUUUGCUGCUGCAGUCAACGAUUUAACCAUCUGGCGUCUGCAGAUCAGCUCUGGCAACCGCUCACUCUGGCUCGGUUUCCGGAUCGUCACUGGCCCACAACUGACCAAAAGAGCCUCACCUGAUCCGAGUGCGGCGCGAACACCAGUUGAAACUGUUGCAGCCUUCUGACACACCUAAAGGAUCCUCUACGACAUUUCUGGACGCUGGCAA